AUGACGUCUGAGCAAAAAGAAAAAAUCUUUGCUCUAUCUAAAGAUGAUAAAACAAAACAGUCAAUUUCUCCAAGUUCAUCUUACGACGCCAUAACUACAUUCUCUCAAUCAUCAGUCAGAAAAGUUUUACGAUCCUCUUUGUAUGAGCCUCUUGAUCAUUAUAUUGUUAGGCCAUUGUCACAUUCAGAUAAUGAAAAGUUUAAAAUCCUUUUAUUAAGAUUAACGGUUUCUUGCAAGUGGGCGUUUAAUUGGGUUAAUAAACCUGAAGCACAAGAAUUGUUUGAGUUUUUAAAUCCUCACCUUAAGCUUCCAGAUCGUCGAACUCUUAGUGGACAAAUUUUAGAGACAGCAGUUUCUGAACAUGAUGUAGCCAUGUAUGAGGCACUUCGUGAAGAUUUAAUCGGCGAAACUCUCAUAUUCGAUGGUUCAGAAAGAGAAUCUUAUGUUUCAGUAAUGGAAAAAACAAAUACAAUGAUUGAGGAGUUAAAAAGCAUGAAUAUAAAAGUUUCAGCGGUCGUAACUGAUAGUGCUGGCCCCUAUGCAGCAGCUAGACGAAGGUUAAGGCUCAUUCACAGAGAUAUCGUAUUCCUACCAUGCUAUGCCCAUCAAUUAAACUUGUGCAUUGGUGAAGUCUUUAAAGAAUCUACUGACUUGAAGACUACAAUGGAUCAAGCAUUACAGAUUCUUGCGAUUAAUUAUCAACUACCUUAUGCCCAAAGUCGUCGAAGAACUAGUGAAAACCUCAUAAUUCAUCGUAAAAUUUUUGAAAUAAUUGACUCGGAUUCGUUUUGGUCGAAUUUAAUUAUCAUUGCAGAAAUCCUAUAUCCUUACUGUAAAAUAUUAAAUAUUUUACAAUGCGACAAUGCUAGAUUAGUACAAGUCAUACACAGUCUCGCAUAUUUAGUUCAAUUUUGGACUUGGUCAGGGAAAGAACCAAAUUGCAUUUUAAGUAAAUUUAAUGAUUUUUAUAUAAAAAUUUAUCCGUUCGAUGACAAUACUUACAACCAAUUUGGUGAUAUUGUGAGGUACUGGAAUUUUGCAGGAGCUUCAACGAAUGAAUUGGGAUUAGUGGCUUGCAAAUUAUAUGGGAUUUGUGUCAAUGCUGCCGCAGUUAAACGUCUUUGGAGUUAUGAUGUUAAUUAUCAAAUAAGCAUUAAUAAUGAACAUAAUGAAGAGCUCGAUGAAAUUGUUUCUGAACCAGAAGGAUCUGUGGAUCUUUCCUCGAAUGAAAAUGAUGAGGUUUUGGAUUCAGAUUCUUUAGAAGCAGAGUUUAGCCAAUUUUUAGAUGAACUUACGAAUACAGAUGAUGAGGAUGAUGAGGUGCUUUCUUCAGUGAUUAAGGAUAUUAUUCAUCUGUCAUUGGAUCCUAAAUCAAAAUAG